CCUUCUCUUCUGACAACAGAAGAAACCAAUCAACACCCUCCAUGGCCGGCGCUUUACAUCUCAUCCUUAACCGGCCAUGGCUUCCUCUUCUUCUUCUGUUUUGUAUUUUCCGUUUUUGUUAUGCUCAACCACAAAACAUCGAGACUUUCUUUCCUUUUCCACCAGUGCCGUCCCUGGCACCAGCGCCGUCCCCGGCGCCGAUCUCUCCGUAUUUUCCUCCGGUGGAGUCGCCUCCACCGGAGCCGCAACCUCCUCUGCCGCUGCCGUUACCGAAUAAGAAGUCCAAUGACAACAGAAACAUUGCAAAGGCGGCAGCGGCAACCGCAGCCAGCACACUGGUGUUGUGUGGGGUGGUGUUCUUUUUCGUGCAAAGGUGCAUUGUUGCUAAGCGGAGGAGGAACAAGAUAGGCGGUGGCGCUGUUAUUGGUGGUGGUGGUGCUUAUAACAAUACUAGCUCAUCACGUCGUGGUCAACCGGCUGCAGUGGUCAAUCGUAAUGAGUUUGAGAGGUAUGAUGGGAAUCUCAAAGGGUUCAUUGUGGACGAGGAUGGUCUUGAUGUGUUGUAUUGGCGAAAACUUGAGGCCAAGAACUCGAAGAAGAAGAGUUUCAAGAAAGAGGCUAUGCGAAACCGGGAUGCAGGAGAAGAAGAAAUUGAUGAAGAUCAUAGUGGAGAAGGGACUAGCAGAGAGAAUGAGCUUCCUCUGUUUCGAGGGAGGUCUUCCACGUCUAACAUGGAUUUAGUGCCCGAAGGAAAUGAGCAGAUUCGAAUGGGAAGUAGUAGAAUGAUGGCUCCCAAGGCUGUUGAGAAUCGAGAGCAAGUAGCAGAGCUGACGUUUCAGUCUUCGGGUUCUCCUCCUCCACCUCAUUCUCCACCACCAACCCCACCUCCUCUGCCAAUGAAAGUCCCUGCAGUGCCGCUACCGCCGCCUCCACCGCCUGUGAAGCGCCCGGGACUGCCGCCGGCUCCGCCACCGAAGCCUAAGUCAAGAAGUUUAAAUGCAAUGGCAAAACCAGAGCCAAAGGGGGUGAAGCUGAAGCCACUACAUUGGGACAAGGUGAACACUAAUCAUGAACAUUCCAUGGUGUGGGACAAAAUUGAUAAUGGCUCCUUCAGAUUUGAUGGUGACCUUAUGGAAGCUCUUUUUGGAACUGUUGCAACUAAUCGGAAAUCUCCUGAAAGAGUAACUGGUUCAUCAUCGUCACAAGUUUGUAUCUUAGAUGAGAGGAAGUCUCAGAAUUUUGCAAUUGUUAUAAAGUCAUUGACCAUUUCUAUUGAAGAUAUUCUUGAUGUGCUUAAUGAGGGCAGAGGUUUAGGCGCUGAAAAUCUCGAAAAGCUUGCUAGAAUUGCACCAACUGAAGAGGAAAUAGCCAAAAUUCUUGAGUACAAUGAAGACCCUGCAAGGCUUGCUGAUGCUGAAAGCUUCCUCUACCACAUUCUGAAAGCUGUUCCAUCGGCUUUUAUUCGACUCAAUGCCAUGCAUUUCAGACAGCACUAUGAGCAAGAGAUUGUGCAGCUCAAGGAGUCUUUACAGACGAUUGAAUUGGGAUGUAAGGAGCUUCGAACUAGAGGACUGUUUAUGAAGCUGCUAGAAGCGAUUCUCAAGGCUGGAAACCGAAUGAAUGCUGGAACUUCGAGAGGGAAUGCUCAAGCUUUCAAGCUCAGUUCUCUUCGAAAACUAUCUGAUGUUCGAAGUAGUGAUGGGAAGACUACUCUUCUACAUUUUGUUGUGGAAGAAGUAGUGCGGUCUGAGGGAAAACGGGGUGUUUUGAACAGGAACCAUAGCUUGAACCGGAGCGGCAGCCAGAGAAGUAGUAACAGCAACAUGAGUUCUGAGCAGAAUGUUAAAUCGAAAGAGGAUAGAGAAAAGGAGUACAUGAUGUUGGGAUUGCCUGUGGUAGGAGGCAUCAGUUCUGAGUUCUCUAACGUGAAGAAGGCAGCAACUAUAGACUAUGACAGCUUUGCAAUCACUUGCUCAGCUCUCACUAAACGUGUUGUGGAAACUAGAGAACUUAUACUCCAAUGUGAGAAGGAUGGUGGUGGAAGAUUUGUUUUCGAGAUGAAUGAUUUUCUUGAAGAAGCCGAAGAAGAGCUAAAGGAGAUGACAAAAGAGCAGAAUAGGGUGAUGGAGUUUCUGAAGGCUACUACGGAAUACUACCAAGGAGGGGCUUCAAAGGAAAAAGGAUCACACCCAUUUCAACUGUUUGUUGUGGUUAAAGAUUUUCUAGGCAUGGUUGAUCAAGCAUGCGUGGAAAUUUCUAGAAAUGUGCAGAGGAGGAAGGCAGUGACGGCAAGUCUAGAAACAUCAUCGUCACCGGACUCACCGCCAUCAAGAAACCCCGUAAGGUUUCCAGUCUUGCCUAAAAAUUUCAUGUCAGGAAGCUCUAGAAGUAAUUCUAGUGGAUCAGACAAUGAUGUCUGAAUUUGUUUUUAUUCAAUG